GAACUUUAGCCGCGUAAUUAGGUAUUGUCGUUACUUCUGGGGGACGCUUUUUGUUCAUCUUCGCUAAUAAGUUCCUUCAAACUGUUGUCUCACCCUGAUACUUCCUCCGGACUUAUUCGCCGCUUCAGUCUGGAGGGUGUAGAUAAGGCACUUGCUGCUCCUUCUCCUCCACCUCCCCCUGAAGUGUCGAAUGAACGUCCGUCAACACCGUCGAUCACUGUUCUCGAUGUUUACGACAUAGCUGCUUCAAUUGGCAAAGAAUUCGAGACCAUCAUCGAUAAGUAUGGACCUUAUUCAGUGUCCAACUUAAUGCCUAAAGUGAUAAGUGUUCUCGAAGAACUGGAAGACUUUGCUACAAAAUUUGAAUCAGAAGGAAGAGAAAUAAUAACUCUUCAGACUGCUGUACAUCGUUUAGAACUUGAGAAAUUAGACCGAAAAGAAGAUCAAAAUAGGCACAAAAAGGAAUUAGAGCAAAUUGAAGAGACAUGGCAUUCUGAAGUUCAAGAACUACUUCAAUUAAUUGAAAAGUUGAAAGAAGAAAAUAAACAACUCAAAGAUGCUAUUGAAGAUAAAGAAAGCUCGAGUUGUCAGUCACCUGUUCCAACUAGUUCAGCAAAUUCAACAAGUGUUGAAGAGAUACAGCUUAUGAUACGUUUAAAAGAAAUUAUAGAUCGACAAAAGAUACAAAUUCGAGCAUUACGUCAGCAGUUAGCUCAAAAACACGUCGAUUUAGAUGCGAUGCAACAACAAGCCACACGUUUAGCCAAACUGAAUGCAACACUUCGUCGUAAACACUUUGUCAGUAAACGACAAGCUGAUCAAUUACGCGAUGAAAAGGUCAAUUUGGAGUCAUUAUUAAAUACAAAAGAACAAGAAAUAAAACAAAUGAAAGAACACGUUUAUCAUACUCACAAUAAUAGUGGUACUACUACUACUACUAAUAAUAACAAUAAUAAUAAUGGUAAUGCUAAUGAUGAGAAUAUUUCAGAUUCACCUUUAUGUGCUGAUAUGUCAAAAUCUUUAAUUGCUGAAUUAAUAUCACCAGACACUCCGCCGGGACAAUUAACAGAAGAACAGUUGGUUGAAAGACUUAAUAUCGAAGGGAAAAUGAUUGUUGAUAAACAUGAUCCAAAUCGUCCUCAUUUCACCCUGCAAGAACUUAGAAAUGUUUUGACUGAACGUAAUGAACUGAAAUCACGUCUAAUUGAAGUUGAAGAAGAAUUAUUAGUUUAUAAACGAGCUGGAAAUCCUAAACCUCUGUGCAUAAAACCCUGGGAUGAAGCUCCUCCAGUUCAAGGUCCGAUAAAUCGUGAACCAGAUGAAAAACUCUAUGGCACAUCCAGAUCAAAUUUAGGCGUCAAGAAAUUUUUCGAGAGUCUGAUUUCCAAAUUAAGUCGAUAACCUACCGUCCAACUCUAUGCAGACUUGUUUUUAGGAUUAUAUUCACGUGUAUAAUGAUGUUGUGAAGCUGUCAUUCGCUUGGUGGAACAUACGUAUAUAAGGAGAAUCUACUUGAUUGAUUUAUUGAUUGAUGGAUUGAUUGAUUGAUUGACUGGUCUCACCUCCAUUCCAAAUGAGAGUGAUAGAAUCUCUUUUUUAAUUGUUGUUGUUUGUUUGUUUGUUUAUUGUUCAUUUGCAUAUAUUUUGUUAUUUUUAUUUCUUUCCGGUUCGAAAAAAAAAUAAUCUCAUGCUUAUUUGCAUUUAUGAUUCUGACUACUUCAAUUGAAAAUGACUUUUAAUAUAUAUAUAUAUAUACGUACAUACAUACUUAUGCCAUAUAUUUCAGCUUAUUUGUUUAUUACCAAAGUUAAUAUAUUAGUUGACAAUCCUAUGGCCAUUAUUGUCUGUCUCUCCCCCUCCCCACGCCUCUUCUCUUCUGUUCUCCCCCCCCUCUUCCUUGUUUUCCUCUUCUUUUCCCUUAAUUUUGUGUAUUGCUGGCUUGUCUUUUGCUUAUUUUUCCGUGUGAUAAAAACCUACUCCUGAUGAUGACGUUGAUA